AGUUGUAACUUGUUACUUUGUUUCACAUUUUAGUUUUUUUAGUUUCUAGUUUUCCUCCUCGAGACUGUUUGGUCUGUUACAUUCAUACAGUCUAUGGUUACAUUAGUCAGGGCCCUCCAUGAGUUUAUAUUCAGACUUUGAUAUCUGGUAAUAAAUACUGAGUUAAAGUCUUCAAUCAUUCCUGCUACCGGUCUGGUGAUGAUGAUUAUCGGUGCAGUACCAAAGUCGUCCACUGUGUGGCGCUGUUCCUCCGCAUUUGUGUCUCGUCCUGGCCGGUGAGAGACGCUGACAGAUCCGAGUGUGUAAACCUCCCAAACUCACCGGGCAGAGUCUCAGUCCUCACUCCUUCAGUCCGGAGCGCACACACAUGCUGGAGCAGACCAGGGAGGGAUGGACCCAGAACCAGAGGACCGGGAGACUGGGAGAACCAGGUCGGAUCUGAAGGCGUGAGGAGGGACAGGCAGGAGAAGGAUGGUACCAGUCAGUUCCGAUUUAAAUCCUCCUGUCUGGACUCUGGGUGGAGGGGUACAGUAGUCUGCCGGCUGGCUGUAUAAUCCGCUUCCCGGGAGGAGCAGGGAAAGCCCUUUAUAGACCGGCACAGAGAGAGGGGGGGAGAGUCUGGAUCAGAGAGGAACUGUUGGUCUCAUCUGAAGCAUUGCUCUGCUGCAUGAAGCUCUGAUCAUGAGUGGACCUACAAAUGUUCAGUACCAUUCGGGUCUCUAUGGAGAAAACAACAACAGCAGCUCUCCUCUCUCCAGCCGGGGAAAUUCGCCCAUCGUGUGUGAGCGCUGCGGGGAGGUUUGUCGCGGGGAGGUGGUGCGUGUCAAGAAAACGCACUUCCAUGUUCAUUGCUUCACCUGCCAAGUGUGCGGCUGUGAUCUGGUGCACUCGGGCUUCUUCCACCACUCCGGCGAGUACAUCUGCACGGAGGACUACCAGCGGCUCUAUGGGACCCAGUGUGACAGCUGUGAGCAGUACAUCACAGGAGAGGUGGUGUCUGCGCUGGGGAGGACGUAUCACCCACACUGCUUCGUCUGCAGCAUCUGCAGGAGUCCGUUCCCAAUUGGAGACAGGGUGACCUUCUGCGGGAAGAAGUGUGUGUGUCAGCAGUGCUCACACACUCUGAACAGCGACAAGCCCGUCAAGGUCCACGGACCGAGCUACUGUGCCGGCUGCAGUGAAGAGAUCAAACACGGUCAGUCUCUGCUGGCUCUGGAGCGACAGUGGCACGUCAGCUGUUUUAAAUGUCGAACGUGCGGCUGUGGACUCACAGGGGAGUACAUCAGCAAGGAUGGGACACCGUACUGUGAGACAGACUACCACUCUCAGUUUGGGAUCAGGUGUGACAGCUGCAACAGGUACAUCAGCGGCAGAGUCCUCGAGGCUGGAGGGAAGCGCUACCACCCCAGCUGUGCCACAUGUGCCCGCUGCCACAUGAUGUUCCUAGAAGGAGAGGAAAUGUACCUCACAGGCUCAGAGGUUUGGCACCCCAUGUGUAAAGAAGCAGCUCGGCUGGAGAGAAAACUGAGGCUCCGCCGAACCUCUGAGACGGCGUCCAUUUCUCCUCCAAACUCCUCUCCUCUGCUCGGCUCCCCUCACCGGCUCAUCUGCUCUAAGGCUGACGGUGACGUGUUGAACUAUAAGCAGCUGGCGGCUCUGCCCAGGGUCAAAGCCAUAUAUGACAUCCAGCGGCCCGACAUCAUCCCUUAUCAGGCUGACCACGCACACUCACAGUUCUCAGAUGACACUCUGGAGCGGUACAGCUGUGGACAGUCUUUAGGCUCUUUGUCUCCGUACUCUCAUGAUCUCUUGGACGGUGUUGAGUUAAGAACGAGGCGUUCCUCCAGCUCCGCCUUCACUGACUCUCCCGCGCACAGUCGCCAUGGAGGCUCCCCGCUGCAUUGUUAUCUCCCUGGCAGUGAGAGUGGCAGGAGUUCACCCUAUUACAGUCAGCCAGAGCCCCGGUGUGCCACAUCCACCAGCUCCACCCUCCAACCCCCAAAGCAUUUCCAUGUUCCAGCCUCUGAGGAGAGCAACAUCUACAGGAAAGCCCCCAUCUAUAAGAGACAAGACUUCUCCACCUCUCCGACAGUAAAUAAGAGUAAAACCAACGAGAACCUCCUCAACUCCAGCCGCCUUUCCUCCUCCAACUGCAACAACAUUUAUCACCCUGACUCCAACUACUACCCCUACGCCGGCUCUCCAAAAGUCUCCAGGGUGCGGAGGUUUUCGUCUGGAGGAGAGGAGGAUGGAUGGAAUCACAACAUAAACAAGAGCAUUGGAAGGCUGAUCCUGAAGGAGGAGAUGAAGGCGCGGUCAGGUUGUUACGACAAUGACCCGUGGGGGAGCAGACGCAGUUCCCGCUGUAGCAGCAAGGAGGCACUGAACAGUCUGGGGUUCACCUCCCUCAAUGGCUCUCCCAGAUCGCUCCACAGUGCAGACAGUGACUCAUACUUUGCCAAAUCGUCCUCAUUGCCAGGCUACGGCAGAAAUGGAGUACACAGGUGCUCUCUUGUGUCCUGGCAGCCUGGGAGUGCCGGUGGAGACUAUUAUCAGUACGACAGCAACAAUGCAGUUAAUUGGCAGAUUAGAGAAUAUAAGAUCUACCCGUAUGAGGCCCUUAUAGUGUCUGUCAGAAGGCAGCAGCGUCUCCCAAGUGAUGUGGACCGUGCCAGGCUGGAGCGUCAUCUCUCCCCAGACGAGUUCUACAGAGUCUUCGGUAUGCCCAUGUCUGAUUUUGAUCACCUCGCUCAGUGGAAAAAGAACGAACUGAAGAAAAAGGUCCGACUUUUCUGAGAAAGUCACGUCACAAGAGGCGCCUAACCUGAUGCAGGUCCACCGCCAGCCGUGCUCUCUGAAGAGAAGCCGCCAGAAAGGCCUGCUGACCCCAGACUGACUCUCUGUCUCAAUCGGAUUUAAGUCAACAUCUUUCCUCACCUGGGUUGAAAAGAGCAGAACUGUUGGCAGCCUAACUCGUGCAGACUUAAUCAAUAUACGGAGUGAGCCAACUGGCUGAAAGUAAACUUGAAAUUAGGCAAAGGAAAACUGUGAGGAGAUCAGGAAGACUUCUUGAGACAGCAGAUGAGCAGCACUAGAGCUGGAACAAACUGAGAGCUGAUGAGCAGAGGGAAUAGUUGGCUGAUUCUCCUUCUCCAACCAGCAGAUGGCAGUGUGUUUGCAGAAGCAUUAGCAGGUCAGGUGGAGUGUAAGCUGGAGUACUUGGUAGCAGACUGAGGAUCUGCCACGCUGAGUCAAACAUGAAUUCAUGCAGAAAGUGACAGGGACGGAUUUGGAGAGGGAUUUCGCUGCCUGAAAGACGGACUGACAUGCUGCUGAUGGCAAACAGAAUCCAGAUUCUGUCCCAGGGACACCUGCUGACAGAAUAUCAUCAACAUUAGGGUUUUUAAAACAUGACAUACAUAUCCUGUUUUUAUAAUGUGUUGAUACUAAAUCCAAAGGCUUUCUUCUUUUUUGUUAUAUGGGCAUGUGUUUGAUUUUUAUGUCAGUUUUUCUGAAGCCAUAUCAGUGUUUAGGGUUCUUCUUUGGCAUGAGCAGAAUGUAAGCUCACUGAAGUGGUCUUUGAAAUAAGGUGUGGAGAACAUGAGUCAAAGCUCUGAGGUCAGAGAUGUUAGUUCAGUUUUAAUCAGGUUUAAGUGCUGCACACUUUCAGAUUGUUUUUCUUGUUUACUUUAAGAUAUCUAUCUAAAUGUGUGUCUGUGCGCGUGUGUGUGUGUGAGAUAGAAAGAGACAUUACAGCCAAUUAAUAAUGCAAGAAUUGUCAUGGAUGAGUAUUUGGAAACAUUAUUAAUGGGAAAAAUAAUUAUAAAGUUGAGAGAGGAACAAUGUGGAAAAUGUGGAAAGUGUUAAUAUGUGUAAGGAAACAGCUUAUGUCUAAACUUAAAUGGAUGGAAAGUAGCUGAAUGUUGUGUAACCAAAUGCAAAGAUGGAGUGUUUCCUGCUGCUGCAAGAACUGAAACCACUAGGUAUGUGUGUAUUUACAGGUUUUAAUUUAAGAUGUUCAAAGUAUGCAAACCUGUCAGUCACUAAAACACAACUGACUCACUCCUGAAUAAAUGCUUCAGGCAUCAUUAUUUAA